AUGACGGCACAGCGCUCGCCCGCGACGGCUGUGAAUAAACUGAGAGGGAGGGAUCGUCUCAGUGAGAAGAGCUCGACGCAUGCGCUUUGGCGGCGCCCUGUCCCCGCGCCCCUCGCUGCGGCUUAUCCUCGACCACCGAGUCGAGUAGCUCCACUCGCGUCGAAAGAAUUCCAAAAGUGUAAUUUUCUACCUGGCGGUGACCGCGGCGUAACGUCCGUCCGCCAGACCGUCACGUUCAUUCAUAAAUACCUGAUGCAGAGUGGGGGCGGUGGCGUCAAUGCCGCCGAGGAAUUCAACAAUGGCCGGGAUCGAACUGGAACCAUUGCCGCGCCGCCCGAGCCCUACCAAUUGUUA